UGGCUCGAACUGCGAGCCAACAUCCAAUUCUUAUCUCACAGUCUCCUAUUCUAGUUUGUUAGAGACUCCUCAAAUCGAGCCAUGAACUCCAAAUUCGUUAUCCUGGUGGUGAUCUUGAGUGUCCUAGCCCUCUCAGAGGCAGGGCGAGGCAAGCGUGGGCGUGGCAAUGGUGGCAAGAACGCCAUUACCUGGUAUGGACCCGUCACAUCAGAAGCCGAAUGCGGCCCUGGAGGCAAACCCGACUCUCUCACCGUGAGCGGCAUCAAGGAGCGCAAGCCCAAAGAGCUUUGUCAAGACUCCACCACUCCCUUGUGCGUUUGCCAAUCCCUGUCGGGCAAACUGGCCCGCAGAAUGGCCCGAAAUGGACAAGAACCUGGGUAUAAGAUGCGAUGUGCUCCCUGUGAUUUCUCCUGGAACUGGAGGCAAUUCAAGCGGUCGGACAACGAGAACAACAAUGAUGUUUAACAACAUAUCGUGAACCCGAAGAGAGAUGUGUUCACUGAUGCUAUUUCGUCAUUCCCAGUGUGUCGUGUCUGACUUUAUACAGCGAUAAGACCAAUAAAUUUAUAUUUUCAUAAAUACACACACAA